AUGUCGCGAAUUACAGAAGGAGGAGCAACUAGAGUGACACUAUCGAGCAGAGCCGACACUAGCAACACUAUCGAGCAGAGCGAGAUAGUGGAGAUAGUAUCUGGCAGUUACUUGGCUGCCUCAAUUCCACACCCAAAGAUUGUGAAAAAAUACACCAAAAAAUUCAAGAGACAUCACUCGGACAGAUACGAUAGAGUUAAGGAAAACUGGAGAAAACAAAAAGGUAUCGACUCAUGUGUUCGUAGAAGAUUCAGAGGUAAUAUCCCUCAACCAAACAUUGGUUACGGAUCAAACAACAAGACCAAGUUUAUGACCCCAUCAGGCCACAGAGUUUUCGUUGUCAAGAACACUGCUGAUUUGGAUGUAUUGUUAUUACACACAAAGACAUAUGCUGCUGAAAUUGCUCACAAUAUCUCCGCUAGAAACAGAAUUGACAUUCUUGCUAAAGCUAAGAAAAUCGGUAUCAAAGUAACUAAUCCAAAGGGUAGAGUUGCCGUAGAAGCUUAA